ACGUGCUCGUCAACAAACAACAUGGCUGAAAACGGUGUGGCUUCUCUCUCAGUAAUUUCCUAAUGCUGCUGCUCUCAGCGACUAAUACAGUACUUUCUAUGCAUGGUAGAAGUAUAUUAGUGUUGUAAGUGGUCAGUGUUGGUGUAGAAACGGUGUAAGCGCUACAAAAUCCCAGGAAAUUUAGAAGGAACUUCGAGUAGGUGUCCUAGAAAAAAUGGAGAAAUUAAAGAGUGAAAAAAUGGAGAACAUAAAGAGUGAAAAAAUGGAGAAAAUGAAGAUUGAAAAAAUGGAGAACAUAAAGAGUGAAAAAAUGGAGAAAAUAAAGAGUGAAAAAAUGGAGAAAAUAAAGAGUGAAAAAAUGGAGAAAAUGAAGAUUGAAAAAAUGGAGAAAAUAAAGAGUGAAGAAAAGCCGAAAAUACUACUUGGGGAAAUCCACCAGCAAACUUCAUUUAAGAUUGAACCAUCAGAUGUCCCACCAAAAGCCAUUGACACUUCUGAGUGGCCCCUGUUGUUGAAGAAUUUUGACAAGCUAAAUGUACGCUCCAACCAUUACACUCCACUGCCCUAUGGCUGCUCACCUCUAAAGCGAGAUAUUGGUGAAUAUGUGAAAGCAGGUUUUAUUAACUUGGAUAAGCCUUCCAAUCCAUCCUCACAUGAAGUUGUAGCCUGGAUAAAGCGCAUUCUACACUUGCGUAAAACUGGACACUCUGGAACCUUGGACCCUAGAGUUACAGGAUGUUUGAUUGUUUGUUUGGAGAGAACCACACGGCUAGUCAAAUCUCAACAGGGGGCUGGUAAAGAAUAUGUGUGCAUCUUCCGUCUUCAUGAGAAUUUAGAAAAUGACCUAAAAGUGAGACAGACUUUGGAUAAACUAAAAGGGGCACAGUUCCAGAGACCACCACUAAUCUCUGCCGUCAAGAGACAGCUCCGUAUUCGUACCGUGUACGAAAACAAACUCAUCGAAUAUGAUCCUGAAAGGAAUAUGGGUAUUUUUUGGGUGAGUUGUGAAGCUGGUACUUAUAUUCGUACAAUGUGUGUGCAUAUGGGCCUCCAUCUGGGUACAGGAGGACAUAUGCAGGAACUCCGGAGAGUACGUUCAGGAAUACAGGGAGAGAUGGAUGCAAUGGUAACGAUGCACGAUGUUCUGGAUGCUCAAUGGCUUUAUGAGAAUCAUAAAGAUGAAACGUACCUGCGACGUAUUAUUAAGCCCAUGGAAGCCAUGUUAGUUGGCCACAAGAAAAUCAUAAUGAAGGAUUCUGCUGUUAACGCUGUCUGUUAUGGUGCCAAGGUUAUGUUACCGGGUGUACUGCGUUAUGAGAAUGGCAUAGAGAUAAAUGAAGAAAUUGUUGUCUGCACCUCAAAAGGAGAGGCCAUCUGUAUUGCUACGGCAGCGAUGACUACGUCUACCAUGUCAUCGUGUGAUCAUGGCAUUGUAGCCAAGAUUAAGAGGGUCAUUAUGGAGAGAGAUACUUACCCCCGCAAAUGGGGUUUAGGUCCAAAGGCUAGCAUAAAGAAAUUUAUGAUAAAGGAUGGAACAUUGGAUAAGUAUGGCAAGCCUAAUGAGAAUACUCCAGCAGCCUGGUUGAAAAACUAUGUUGACUACACUCUUGUAGGAGGUAUUAAGAAAGAAGAAGUGAGCACCUCAGAAGUCAAAAUUAAAACAGAGCUUCCCUUUGAUACAGUUGAGCCUAAACCUGAAUCCUCCCCCAAGAAACGUAAGUUGAGUGAAUCUGAAGGUCUUGAUGCUGAGGCAGAUGAGAAAAAGUUCGAUGUCUCAGCUGGCGACAACUCAGAGAAAAAGAAGAAGAAGAAGAGGAAGAAACAUCAAGACAUAAAGGAGGAAGUGAACAUAAAGGAGGAAGUGAAAGUGGAGAUUCAGGAGCAGACAAAAUCAGAAGAGACUGGAGAAAAGAAGAAGAAAAAGAAGAAGAAGAAGAAGGAGAGAGAAGAUAAGGAUGCUUCAGAUUAAGAAAUGGAGAUCAGUAGUAUUGUUAACAUUAAUUACAAUGACUGAGAGAUGCAGUGGAUGUUGUGUUUGUGGUGCUUGAAGUUCUCCAAAACAAGACUUCUUACACCUAUGAGAAUAUCGCUUGUGCUUUUUUAGCUGUGGGGCUAUUGUUGAAUCAUCCGAGAAGUGUCUAAGUCAUUGUGAGCCUGAAUGUAUAAACUCGCUUCCAACUUAAUCGUCACAGUCAUAUGCUCAACUCAUAAAUUGCCUUGGGUAAUUGAAUUUCUCUAAUGGUCAGGAAAUAGUUUAUUUUCAAUUUAUACUUCAUAAAAUCUUGACUUAAAAUAUGCGCUGAAUUUGUUUGUUUUUUUACCGAUGUAUUUUAAUACUACAGUAUAUGGAUUCUUGGUUGUGAUCUAAGUGAGAAUUUGUAAGCAUCAUCCAUCUGUCUUCAUAAACCUGAUGCCAUAUUUUAUAAUAGGUAUAUAAAAAGGUAAACCUAUUCAGAGCUACUGUAGAUGAAAGUGUAUAUUGCACUGUUAAGGUCAUUUAAUGGGCAAGACUUUUAUCAUGAUCAUGGCCCUUACAGCAAAGCAUUUAGAGACUUGGAUGCAUUAUUUGGCAUUUUGUGCCAAUGUGUGUGUGUGUGUGUGUACAUAUGUUUGUUGUUGAUGUAUGUGUGUUUACAGAGUAGCUCACUGGGUUUCUUUUGAAAAAAUCUCCGUCUUGGGAUUUUGUUAGAUUGUCUCUUAUUGAAAGUUUCCUACAUUCUCUUAUUCACAGUGUCUUUGGACUGUUCACCUUUUUUUUUUGCUGCAGGAAUAGAUUGCCAAGAUGCAUUUCUUAUGAUCAGCAUAUCUUUGAUGUGACUUGUUGUUUUUAAGAAUUUUGCAUGGAGAAUUUUUUAUACAAAUGGAAUUUCUCACAGCUACACUUAAGAGUUAAGUAAUUUAAUUAUUUUUAUCAGAAGAUUUCUUAAUAAGUUCCUCUUAAAAGUUACCAUAUAUACUCGUGUGUAGUUCGAGUUUUUAAGACCAAAUUU